AUGCAGUGGACUGAGAUUGUUGUCAGCAGCCUGCUCGGAUCCAAUGUUUCUCCCUUCCGCGCAAAGCGUCAAGAUGGGCCCCCAGCAGGGCCAAUCGACCGAGAGUACACGUCCUCUGCGACCCCUACUCCCCGCAGCAGCCCCGCGUGCGACGGCGAGCGUCCCAGGUGUUGCGAAUGUACGGCACGUGAGAGUGCUUGUCAAUACACAGAGACUGAGUCGACGCAGACGAAGCGUCGGCGUGCAGAUGUCGAGGAGCUAUUCGAGCUGCUGAGGACGCUCCCAGAGGAGAGUGCGUUUGAACUUCUUGCUCGCAUCAGGGCAGGUGCAGAUACACGCGAACUGGUCGAAACGAUGCAGUAUGGAAAUUUGCUGGUCCAGUUUGCUUCUGCUUCUACAGCAGGUAGCCAGGACAGCCAGGAUAACCAACAAUGUUCUGGAGGGUCCUCAACUUGA